UUUACGACUGAAUAAUAUUUUUUGUAUUAUUAAUUCUGUAUUUGCCACAUUUUUUAUCUACUCAUCUAUAAAUAUGCAUUUAGGUUGUUUCCAUAUUUUAGCCAUUGUGAAUAAUGCUGCAAUAAACAUGAGGGUGCAAAUAUCUCCUCUAGGUCAUUUUCGAUUCUUUUGGAUAAAUACCCACAAGCAGGGUUGCUGGAACAUAUGGGAGUUAUCUUUUAAAUUUUUUGAGGAACUUUCAUACCUUUUUUAUAGUAAGUGAACCGUUAGCAUCCAUGCUGUACAGCAGUGCUACGUAUAUCACCAAAAAAUUUUUUUUAGUCUAGAACUUACUUAGGUAAAGGUAUUAUUAUCAUAGUCACUGUGGGCAUGUUUUAAACCAGGACACUGUGGAGAAGAAAAUGUACUUGCAUGUAUGUAAAUAGACUUGGGUUUUUUUUCUCCUGUUCAUCUGUCUCACGUCAAUUUGAUUCUUGAGACCAGCUGGAAGUACCUUGAUGAGUAGAGGUCAUUUCUUACCCCUCAACAGCCUGUAAGGGGGUUGGAAAGCAGAAUGAAAAUAGGAUUUUACUCUCUUCUUUCAUAUGUACAACUGUCUUUUAGAGCACCUUAAAUGCAAAGGAAAAAUCUAAGGGCGAUCAAUACUGUUCUUUGUUCAUCACUCCUUCAUCAUUCUAUACAUAGCAUCACAAACUAAAUGACCAUUAAAUGUCAUUUGAUUAAUUAGACAAUGCGCUGUUUUAAGAGACCUUGUGCCCUAUAAUUGUUCAUCCGAACAACUAGGAAAAAUGAGCUAAAAUAUUUUUAGAACCAAAUAAUCACAUUUAGUGUUAACUUUCAAAAUUCCCUGACAAUAUACAGCUAUGUUAAUCCAACUUUAGAAUUUUAGUAGUCUUCAAUUAUUAUCAUUCAACAAAAUGAAGAUUCUUCUACAAAUUUCAAUUUUUGCCCAUUUUACAAAUGCUAGAAAAUCCUUGAAGCUUAGCUUUGCCAAAUAAAAUACAGGUCACCCAAUUAAAUUUGAAUUUCAGUACUUCUGGAAGUACUAAUCUCAUGCAAUUGGGGACAUACACUAAACAAAUCAUUCAUUGUUUAUUUGAAAUUCAAAUUUAACUGAGUGUCCUGUAUUCUUAUUUGCUCUAUCUAGCAGCCCUAUCAAGGUUACCAGCAGAUUGAUGAAUGCAAAAUUUUCAAAACACAGCUUUAGGAACACAGUGCAGGACCGUGAAAGGGAAUAGACCUAAUUUGCAUCUUAAAAUGUAGUUCUGCCUAAAUUAACCAUAUAUGGAAAAGUAAAACCUGCUGAGAAGGUAAAAAGACCUAGAGCAGCUAGACCAGGGAUCACCAAUCACAUUGCUUGUGGAGACUAAUUAGGAUUUGAUGAAGAUAACUACAGUCUUCACUGAUCACUCCAGUCUCCAUCACAAGACAGACUGCAAUAAAAGAGACAAAGAAAAUUACAGCAAAGUCCAAGAAGUAGGCAACGAUAUCCAACGACAUCAGUUCAACUAGAAAACGAAUUGGACAUUUCCGUAUUUUAACAUGCCAGAUAUAGUGGAGAAUAGCUUAAUGCUCAUAGCAGCUGUAGAAUUUUCCAUGGGGAUCUUAGGGAAUGUAUUCAUUGCAGUGGUAAAUUUCAUGGACUGGAUCAAGAAGAGGAAGAUUGCCUCCAUUGAUUUAAUCCUCACAAGUCUGGCCAUAUCCAGAAUUUGUCUACUAUGUAUAAUACUACUUGAUUGUUUUAUUUUGGUGCUGUAUCCUGAUAUCUAUACUGCUGGUAAACAAAUGCGAAUCAUUGACUUCUUCUGGACACUAACCAACCAUCUAAGUGUGUGGUUUGCCACCUGCCUCAGCAUUUUCUAUUUCCUCAAGAUAGCUAACUUCUUCCAUCCCCUUUUCCUCUGGAUGAAGUGGAGAAUUGGCAGUGUGAUUCCUAGGAUCCUGCUGGGCUGCUUGGCCCUCUCUGUGUUUAUUAGCCUUCCUGUCAUUGAUAAUUUGAAUGAUGAUUUCAGGGGUUGUGUCAAGGCAAAGUGGAAAAGAAACUUGACUUUGAGAUGCAGAGUAAAUAAAGCUCAAUACGCUUCCAUCAAGAUAUGUCUUAACCUGUUGACGCUAUUCCCCUUGUCUGUGUCCCUGAUCUCAUUUUUCCUCUUGAUUUUCUCCCUGUGGAGACAUACCAGGCAGAUGCAGCUCAAUACUACAGGAGACCCCAGCAUAGAAGCUCACGUGGGAGCCAUGAAAGCUAUCAUCUCCUUCCUCCUCCUUUUCCUGGUCUACUAUUUAGCCUUUCUCAUCGCCACCUCUAGCUAUUUUAUGCCAGAGACUGAAUUAGCUGUGAUGAUUGGUGAGUUGAUCGCUUUAAUCUAUCCUUCAAGCCAUUCAUUUAUCCUAAUUCUAGGGAACAAUAAAUUAAAACAAGCAUCCCUAAGGGUGCUAUGGAAAAUAAAGUAUAUCUUAAAAAGAAGACAUUUCUAACAAAAUCAGCAGGUCUGAAGACAAACCAGCAUUUCUUAGGACAAAAGAAGACAGGAUGUUUGUUAAUUAUCUUCAGUUCUUGCACUAAUGUUGAUUUCAUAUAGUUAAUUACUCUAAAAGUGCAUUUAAUAUACUUGUAAUCAUAACCUAGGAAAUCUUAUGGAAAGCUAAUUUUGCUUGUCUCGUCUCUUCUCUCUUUCUCCCAUCCUUCAGUUUUUUUAAAAACGUGCUUUAGAACAUAUAGAAGUUAAUAUCCUAAAAUAAAUUUUGAGAGGAGAAUUUUCAUAGUUAGUUCUGAAUCCUUUUUCUCCAGAUGCAAAAUUGUAAGACUAAUUCAGACAGAACACCUGUAACAUUAUCUUACUGUUAUUUGUAUCCCAAAGAAAAGUGGCUGGCUCAUCCUCAUAGUCUUAGCUACAUGUUUCUUCUCAGAUCAUCCCUUUAGAAAGACUCAAUCAGGUGAUAGUUUUUAAUCAACUGUUAUGCAAUUCUGUGAAUAUAGCAAAAACUAAUAGAUUAUAAUCAUGAUUGAGACAUAACUUGUGAUGAAAAUAAAUAUUGUCACAGUGAGUUCAAAAAUUAUUUUAGGAUAAUAGGUCAGUGAAAGCAAGACACUCCAUAAGCAUGAAAGAAAAAGUUUGUAUAGAAAGUUUCCGUAAGGCUGGCUAAAGACCAAAUAGAACUAUGUAUUGCUUAUUAAAGGCUAUUUCUACACAAAAGACACGUUAAGUCUGCUUUUAGCCCACUAGGACUGCAGCAGGCUUGGUUUGUGAAGAUACUCUGAUGAGACCUUCAGUCGAAAAAUGUAUGUAUUGACAUUUUAAAAUAUCAAAACUGUCAAAGAAUAUUGAAUAUCAAGACUGGGAUAUACUUACUUGUAUAACAUUUUGUUGUAUGAGGACUACCUCUUUAUGAAGAUAUUUAUUUUAGUGUGAGCAAACUGGAAUUUCCUUCCGGUGGGCUAGGGGAACGUUCUUUUGGAUUGUAUCAGGGAGGAGAACUGGGGAAUAGAGCAGAGCUCUGAACUGGAGGUAAUAUUGUUAGGCAUGCGGUUUUUAACCAGGAAAACCAAGUUUGGGCAUUUCUUUCUGGAAACAACGCAUGACAUUAAGCAGCUCAUUUAUGAAUGUUCUUGUCUAUUUGCUAGUCUUGUAUCAUAGAAAACUAUUGAUUUGGAUGUGAAGCCAUGAGAUUUGCUGUCCAGUGUUUUGAUUGAA